AUGACGUCACCCCUGACGGUCGUAUCCAAGGCGACACAUGUACAAAACACGUGGGGUAAACGAUGCAACAAAAUCUUGUUCAUGGGCUCUAAUGGAACACAAGUCAAGGCAAAACAUCUUCCGGUUGUCGAACUUCCGGUCAAGGAAGGUCGAGAAUAUUUAUGGCAAAAAACAAAAGAAGCAUUUUUACAUAUUUACUCUUCGGAUCUAAACAAUUAUGAUUGGUUCCUGAAAGCCGACGAUGAUACCUACGUCAUUGUAGAAAAUUUACGUCAUUUUCUCCGCGACAAAGACCAGAAUGAAGCCAUUUAUUUUGGACGGAGGUUUAAACCUUUUGUAAAACAAGGCUUUAUGAGUGGUGGGGCAGGCUAUGUGCUUAGUCGACAGGCGGUUCGAUCUCUUGUACAGUACGGAAAUUCUACUACUUCCUAUCUGAACUCUAUAUGCGAACCCACAACAUUUAUCGGCGAGGAUGUUCAGCUUGGCCAUUGCCUGGAAAUGGUGGGAGUGAAGGCUGGAGAUACACGGGACUCGGAAGGAAAGGAGAGAUUUUUUCCACUACGACCAGAAGACCAUAUCGUACGGGGAAAUAUUCCGAAAAAUAGCUGGUACUGGUCUCACAUCUAUUACCCACACUUACAGGGUUGCAGUCGCACAGCGAUAUCCUUCCAUUACAUCACGCCUAACAUGAUGUAUGCCAUGGACUACUUUGUGUACAAUUUGACGCGCUAG